AUGGACGUCAUCAAGUUUAAGGUCAAUGGAGUCGAGCACACAGUCGGCAGCGAGAUAAGCUCAGAUGUUAUGCUGCUGGACUACCUCCGCAACUACCUUCAGCUGCGUGGUACUAAGUACAGUUGUCGCGAGGGUGGUUGUGGAGCCUGCAUGGUCACCGCUGCCAAAACUCCAGGAGCUCCGUAUCUCGCCAUAAAUUCGUGUCUCCAAUCAGUCGCAUCUUGUCACGGAUGGGAUAUCGUGACUAUUGAAGGUUUGGGUAACAGAAAGGAUGGGUACCACCCUCUACAGACGACGCUCGCUGAGAACCAUGGAACCCAGUGUGGGUAUUGUACUCCAGGAUGGGUGAUGGCCAUGCAUGGUCUCAUGGAAAGCAACAGUCAGAUGACGAUGUUAGACAUAGAAAAGUCGCUUUCUAGCAAUCUUUGUCGUUGUACUGGCUACAGACCAAUAUUAGACUCCUUCAAAAAGUUUGGUAUUGACUGUCCUACUGAAGACAAGAUAAAAAGUAUCAAAGAUAUGAGCAUUUGCAAGCAAUCCAACAACUGUUGUCGAAGCUAUGCUAAAGACAAUGAUUGGUGUAUGGUGGACAAUGAUAUGUCUGGAGAAAAGAUGUUUACACUCCAAUUGAAAGAUGGUAAAACAUGGUAUACACCAAAGAAUCUUACUGAUCUUAGAAAGUUAGUGGAAGAAAAUUUGGAGUCAUACAUGCUGGUCGCUGGAAAUACGUCUAAAGGUGCGUACCCCAUUGACGAUUAUCCCAAAGCACUGAUAGAUGUGAAUCACGUACAAGAGCUGAAAGCAAACAACAUUGAUCAGAACCUGGUAGUUGGAGCAGGUUUAAAUAUGACAGAAUUCAUGGACAUCCUUAAAACUAGUGCUGAACAAGAUAAUUUCAGCUAUCUGUCAAAACUUUAUGACCAUGUAGAUCUAGUUGCACAUAUACCGCUAAGAAAUCUUAUGCCAAGAGCUCAGAGUUCUCAUGCUAUUGUAAACGCCGGCUUCCUUUUUAAACUGACUUCGGAAAACGUGGUAGAGGAAGCAACCAUCGUUUAUGGAGCUCUUUCGGAGAAGUUUGAAAAAGCUGUAUCCACUGAGAGGUAUCUCAUCGGUAGGAAGUUGUUUGAUAAUGAUACUUUGAAAGGGGCUUUGAAAGUCUUGGAUGGAGAAAUGAUCGUGGAAGAUCACCCACCAGAACCAUCUAUUGAAUACAGGAGAUAUAUCGCCAAGGCACUCUUCUUUAAGGCUCUCCUGAAUCUGGCUCCAUCUAGAGCGUCGCGAUCUGAUUCAGCUAUUGUUGAUUUGCAUGUGACCAGGCCAUGCUCUAAAGCAAAACAGGUCUUUUCCACUGAUACCUCAUUGUGGCCAUUGAACAAACCGAUGCCAAAGCUCGAAGGACAGAUUCAAUGUGCAGGUGAAGCUAUUUAUACUGACGAUAUUCCUUCUUUCCAUAAUGAAGUAUUUGGUGCAUUUGUACUGAGUACUGUGGGAAUUGGAACUAUUCUCAAAAUGGACCCCAGUGAAGCUUUGGCCUUACCUGGUGUGUUAGCCUUUUACACAGCUAAAGACAUCCCUGGGCUGAACUCCUUCACACCCAUAGAUGGACCAGGCGGACUUACGUCUGUGAACGAAGAAAUUCUAUGUGAAGGUGACGUUAAAUAUAACGGUCAACCUAUUGCUCUCGUGGUCGCAGAAACUCAAAACCUAGCAGACAGAGCUGCAAAGCUGGUGAAAGUCAAAUACACCAAUAUUUCUACACCUGUUACGGAUAUCAAAAAGGCUAAAGAAGAUAGCACGAGGAAUACCCUAUUCAUUUCUGCUGAUGCCACAACGACUGGCUCUGAUGUACACAAGACCAUAACUGGUAGUAAUAUUGUACACGGACAGUAUCACUUCCCAAUGGAGACCAUGGUCUGUGUCGCCAAACCCACAGAAGAAGGACUGGAAGUACACUUGGCCUCACAAUGGAUGGAUGGAGCACAUACUAUGAUUUCGAGGGCUUUGAAUAUAGAACAAAGCAAAAUUGAUGUCUACAUCCGUCGUGUUGGUGGUUCUUAUGGACUGAAGAUAACGCGUUGCAUUCAGUCUGCUACUGCCUGCAGUCUUAUUGCUUACAAAUUGAACCGACCAUGCAGAUUUAUUCAACCAUUGGUUACCAAUAUGAAAGCUUUCGGUAAAAGGAUGCCGAACGUGACUGAUUAUGAGGUUGCGGUCAACAGUUCUGGAGUGCUACAAUAUGUAAACCUUGUAGCUUAUACAGACAACGGCUGCAAGAUAAAUGAACCAAUUGCAUUCUACGCAUCUGAUGUCUAUUUCAACUGCUACGAUGGCACCAAAUUUAACUAUAAAUCCUAUAACACCGUUACUGAUACGGCUAAAAAUACUUUCUGUAGAGCGCCAGGCACAUUGGAAGCUAUCGCAAACAUUGAAAACAUUAUGGAGAGAAUUUCUUAUGAACUUUCUUUGGAUCCAAUUGCUCUUCGUUUAGCCAAUUUGAGCUCAAAUUACAAAGAAAUAGCUGAAGUAGUAGAAGCUCUAAAAACCAGUGGUGAAUAUACUAGUCGCAGAGCAGCAGUUGAUUCCUUUAACACCCAAAAUAGAUGGAAGAAACGAGGGCUGAGAUGGUCUUUCUGUAGAUGGCCACCAGCAGGUGCUUUGUACACUGACGUAAACCUCUCAGUUUUCCAUUCAGAUGGAUCUGUUGUGAUUACUCAUGGAGGUAUUGAGAUGGGUCAAGGUAUUAACACUAAGGCCGCUCAAGUGGCAGCCUAUUUGCUGAAAAUACCAGUAGAAAUGAUUGAAAUUAAAGGAAACAACAGCAUCGUUACACCAAACAGUUUUGCUAGUGGAGGAAGUGUUACGACUGAAGGAGUUAUCAUCGGACUGAAAAGAUGUAUUGAACAGUUACAAGCCAGAUUAGAACCUAUCAAGGCCACAAUGACUGACCCAACGUGGUUACAGUUAAUAACUGCAGCCUUUGCUGCUAAUGUGGAUCUCCAGGUGCACGGUUAUUGCAGUGCUUUGGACGCGCAAACAUACGAGAUUUAUGGUGUGGCAUGUUGCGAAGUAGAAGUUGAUGUUCUAACUGGAGAAUAUGAGAUUCUGAGAGUAGAUUUAACGCAAGAUGUUGGUAUAAGUGUGAACCCUGAUAUUGAUAUUGGACAAAUUGAAGGAGCUUUUAUGAUGGGUGUUGGAUACUGGACUUGUGAGAAAUUAGUUUACAACCCAGACAAUGGUGCAGUAAUCACGGAUAGAUCUUGGGACUACCAUCUUCCUGAGGCCAGAGAUAUACCUCAAGACUUUAAGGUCACGCUCAAGAACUUCUACAGCAACGACUUCAUUCUGGGAUCCAAGGGUGUUGGAGAGCCACCAUCGUGUCUGUCAGUCGUUGUGCCAUUUGCCCUUAGAGAAGCUAUUGUGCACGCGAGACAAGAAUCUGGUAUACCAACCACGGAAUGGUUUGAUGUUGAAGGCCCAUUCUCCACGGAAAAGAUAUGCAUGUCAAUGAAGACUAACGUUGAUGACUUUAAAAUUGUUUAAGAUAAUAUGAUCAAGGGACAAAUGGAUGAUAUAAGUUUAACAUUAGCUGUUUCACUUUUAAACGACAAAGUGAAUGGAGUGGCA